AGCCAUGGCCCGGGCGUUGGCGGGUCUGGCCGCCGGCUUGUCCUGCCCGCGGGUCGUCCCCAGCCAAGACUCGGACUCAGACACAGAUUCGGAGGACCCGAGUAACCGGCGCAGCGCGGGCGGGCUGCUCCGCUCGCAGGUCAUCCACAGCGGUCACUUCAUGGUGUCGUCGCCGCACAGCGACUCGCUGACCCGGCGGCGCGACCAGGAGGGGCCCAUGGGGCCCGCCGACUUCGGGCCGCGCAGCAUCGACCCCACACUCACCCGCCUCUUCGAGUGCAUGAGCCUGGCCUACAGUGGCAAGCUGGUGUCUCCCAAGUGGAAGAACUUCAAAGGCCUCAAGCUGCUUUGCCGGGACAAGAUCCGUCUCAACAACGCCAUCUGGAGGGCCUGGUAUAUCCAGUAUGUGGAGCGGAGGAAGAGCCCCGUGUGUGGCUUCGUGACCCCCCUGCAGGGGCCUGAGGCUGAUGAGCACCGAAAACCAGAGGCCGUGGUCCUAGAGGGCAAUUACUGGAAGCGGCGCAUCGAGGUGGUGAUGCGCGAGUACCACAAGUGGCGCAUCUACUACAAGAAGCGGCUCCGUAAGUGCAGCAGGGAAGGGGAUCUCCUGACCCCAAAGCAGGCGGAAGGGGGUUGGCAACCACCGGAGCGAUGGUGCGAGCAGCUCUUCUCCAGCGUGGUGCCCGUGCUGCUCAGGGGCCCAGAGGAGGAGCCUGGCGGGCGGCAGCUUCUGGACCUGGACUGCUUUUUGUCCGACAUCUCCGACACGCUCUUCACCAUGACUCAGCCCAGCUCCACGCCCCUGCAGCUGCGCCCUGAGGACGCUUACGUGGGCAAUGCUGACAUGAUCCAGCCGGACCUGACACCCCUGCAGCCCAGCCUGGAUGACUUCAUGGAGAUCUCAGAUUUCUUCACCAGCUACCGCCCCCCACAGACACCCACGCCCUCACACUUCCCGGAGCCCCCCAGUUUUGGCACCAUGGCUGACCCUUUCUUCGGCAGUUCGAUCCUGGGCUCAGAGGUGCCCCCUGCCUCGUCAGGCAUGACCCACCUCUCAGGGAAUAACCGCCUGCAGGCUCGGAGCAGCUGCCCUGGCACCCUGGACUCCAGUGCCUUCCUGAACUCUGAUUUCCUCCUUCCUGAAGACCCCAAGCCCAAGCUCCCACCCCCGCCAGCACCCCCACCCCUCUUCCAAUACCCUGCCCUUCCCAAGGGGCCUGGUCUAGAGCCCUGUCCCCCACCCGCCUUCCCUCCCAUGGCUCCUCCCCCUGCUUUGCUGCAGGAAGAGCCUCUCUUCUCUCCUAGAUUCCCCUUCUCUACUGUCCCUCCUGCCCCAGGAGUGUCCCCACUGCCGGCUCCCACUGCCUUCCCACCUACCCCCCAGCCUGGUCCAGGCCCUGCCCCUGCUCCCUUCCCCAUAGACCUUCUACCCUCAGGGUAUCUGGAGCCCCAAUUUGGGCCUCACUUCACAGUGCCCCAAGGCAUGAGGUCCAGAGGCAAGCCCCCCGCCCCAUCCCCUAGAGGGGAGAAGCCCAGCCCCCCAACCUUGGCCCCUGCCACCGCCAACCCCACUACCCCAGCGGGGGGCAACAACCCCUGCCUCACACAGCUGCUCACAGCAGCCAAGCCUGAGCAAGCCCUGGAACCACCACUCGUAUCCAGCACCCUCCUCCGGCCCUCAGGGUCCCCGGAGACAGCCCCUGAAUUCCCCUGCCCCUUCCUACCCCCGACCCCGGCCCCCACACCACCCCGGCCCCCUCCAGGCCCAACCACACUGGCACCUCCCAGGCCCCUGAUUGUCCCCAAAGCGGAGCGGCUCUCGCCCCCAGCACACAGCGGUGGUGAGCGGAGGCUGUCUGGGGAACUCAACUCCAUUCCAGGCCCGGGGACCCUGAGUGUCUGCGUCUCUCCCCCUCAACCCAUCCUAAGCCGGGGUCGUCCAGACAACAACAAGACUGAGAACCGGCGCAUCACACACAUCUCUGCAGAGCAGAAGAGGCGCUUCAAUAUCAAGCUGGGGUUUGACACCCUGCACGGGCUGGUGAGCACACUCAGCGCCCAGCCCAGCCUCAAGGUGAGCAAAGCAACCACACUGCAGAAGACGGCCGAGUACAUCGCCAUGCUGCAGCAGGAGCGGGCGGCCAUGCAGGAGGAGGCCCAGCAGCUACGGGACCAGAUCGAGGAGCUCAACGCUGCCAUUAACCUGUGCCAGCAGCAGCUGCCUGCUACCGGGGUGCCCAUCACGCACCAGCGUUUCGACCAGAUGCGAGACAUGUUCAACGACUAUGUCCGCACCCGGACACUGCACAACUGGAAGUUCUGGGUGUUCAGCAUCCUCAUUCGGCCUCUGUUCGAGUCCUUCAAUGGGAUGGUGUCCACAGCAAGCUUGCAGAGCCUCCGUCAGACCUCACUGGCUUGGCUGGACCAGUACUGCUCCCUGCCUGCUCUCCGGCCAAACACUAACACCGUGACCUGGAGGAUUCAUACUCUCUCUUGGGACCUUCACUUUCCAGUCUGAAAAAUGGGGAUGGAGAAGCUUCAACCAGAAGAUGAUCCUAAGGCCUUAGCAACUGUGAUACUUGGGGCCUAAGCUGACAACUCAGGGAGCUUGUAGGAGGAAGGGGGAUGAUCCUGUUUCCCCACCAUCUCUCCCUGUACCCCCCCCCCCCAAAAUAGGGCACAGGCCUCUGUUUCUGAUCAGAGAGACAGAAAAGGAGCGUCCCAUUCUCUGCUCCUCCGCUGGUAGCCCAGUGGGGGGUAGGGUGCUGCAGGAUGGCAAACCUGGGUGAGGCCAGGAAGGUCUGAUCCCAGGAGAGAGCAGGGCAGGAGGUGGCCAGACCAGGGCAGGCAUCUUGUGUGCGUGUGGAUGCGUGUGUGUGGAUUUUGUAAAGAAUUUUCAACCAAUAAAAACAAAAACUGUUGGGGACUGUCA